GCCAAACUCAGCCGUGGACGUCCGAUUGGAUAAUCAAUGUUUUGAUUCCGAUUUGCUGCGCGCAGCUAUUCAUCGUACCGUCGUCGUGAAAAAGAGCCCUCCAAGGAUGAUCCGACAAAUUCUGCUGAAAAACGACAUUCUCGUGAAGUUGGUGGCCGCCAGAGCAUACAGCCAGCCGGCACCACCAUCCGCACCCAAAGGACCAUCGGCACCAGCUGCACCGGCGGAUGUGCCCGGACUUAGCUCACGCUGCGUCGCGAAGAAGGAUGGUCCGGUUGGGCCUGGUGCCGAACGGAACGGAACGUACAAGGUGCCGGAAUACUUUAGCUACAACACAACGAGCUACUUUGAGGCUGAGAUUGAGAUGUCCAAGUUCCGCAUCCCGCAGCCAUCGGCGAAGAACUGAAUGCGGGUUUCGUGCGAAGCUGUAAAUAGGGACACGGACGCGUACAAUAAAGUGAUUAGUUGAAGGAUAUAAGUGUA